AUGCAGUUCACCAUCUCUGCCGCCGCCUUCCUGGCUUUCGCUGCCAAGGCUUUCGCCCAGACCGCCGACUUCGACCCCAUCUUCAAGCCCGAGGCUUGGCAGUCCGUUGCCGCCGGCCAGAGCUUCCAGAUCACCUGGGACGCUCCCGCCAAGUACGCUGGCCAGCUCGUCACCAUCUCCCUGAUCGGUGGUGACUCCCAGAACACCCAGGUCCCCAUCAAGGACAUUGCCACUGGUGUCUCCAACGACGCUGAGGCUUACAACUGGGCUGUUGAUGCUUCCCUCGGUGACAAGAACGUCUACGGUCUCGUCAUCAAGCUGGAGAGCAACCCCGAGGUCUUCCAGUACUCCAACCCCUUCAAGAUUGCUGGCUCCGACAAGCCCGCUUCCGAGAAGCCCACCAAGGCCGCCGAGCCCACCUACGAGGCCCCCGUCUACGGCGAUGAUGGCACCGCCACCCUCACCGCCCACUACGGCUCCAAGACUGUCUCCGUCUCCCAGGUCUACAACGCUCCCCACACCACCGUUGUCGCCGUCGAGAAGACCCUGACCGUCCCUUGCAACACCACCGAGCCUGCUACCACCUUCGUCCCUGUUGUCAAGACCGCCUCUGUCCCCUGCAACGGUACUGCCACUGCCACUGGCCCUGCUGCUCCUCCCGUCUACACCCACCCUUCCAACCCCCCUGCUCAGAGCAACCCCGUUCCUCCCGUCUACCCCUCCCAGCCUGCUGCUCCCCCUGCUGCUGGCACCCCCACCCCCGUUCCCGUCUCCGGUGCUGCCCGCUUCGGCGCUCCCGUCGCCGUUGUCGCCGGUCUCGUCAUGGCCGCUUUCGCUCUGUAA